ACCUUUAUCUGCUUAUUCCCAACUAACCAUGAAGAUCAAGAAGAAGAACACGUCCGGUAACGCAAAGAACUUUAUCACCAGAACCCAGGCCGUCAAAAAGCUCCAGGUCUCGCUUGCCGACUUCCGUCGUCUCUGUAUCUUCAAGGGGAUCUAUCCACGGGAGCCCCGCAACAAGAAGAAGGCCAACAAGGGCUCCACCGCGCCGGUAACCUUCUACUACACCAAGGACAUCCAGUACUUGUUGCAUGAGCCGGUUUUGGCCAAGUUCAGAGAACACAAGACCUUUGCGAAGAAGUUGCAGAAGGCCUUGGGCAGAGGUGAGGUUGGCGAUGCCAAGAGAUUGGACACCCACAGACCAAAGUACACCUUGGACCACGUCAUCAAGGAGCGCUACCCGACCUUUUUGGAUGCCGUCAGAGACAUUGACGAUGCCUUGAACAUGUUGUUUUUGUUUGCAAACAUGCCAGCCACCGACAGAAUCUCCCACCGGGUCACCAAGGAGGCCGAGAAGUUGUGCAACCAAUGGUCGGCCUACGUUGCCAGAGAGAGAUUGGUCAGAAAGGUGUUUGUGUCCAUCAAGGGUGUGUACUACCUGGCCACCGUCAAGGGCCAGGAUGUGAUGUGGUUGGUUCCGUUCAAGUUCCCACAGAACAUCCCAUCCGACGUUGAUUUCAGAAUCAUGUUGACCUUCCUCGAAUUCUACUCCACCUUAUUGCAUUUUGUCCUCUACAGAUUGUACACCGGCUCUAACCUCAUGUACCCUCCUAAGAUCGACCAAAACAAGUUGAAGGGUAUCGGUGGCUUAUCCACCUACGUCUUGGAGUCUUCUGAGCAGGGCAUCAACGGUUUGUUGCCGGCUGCUACCGCUUCCACCUCCACUGAGGAGACCAAGUUGUCUUCCAAGUCGCUUGCCAAGGCCUUGGCUGCCGACCAGCGGGAGGAGGACGCCCUGGAGGCUGAGGAAGAACAGGAGAACGUCGAAACCAUUGAGUUGGACGAGUUCAAGAACCAGACCGGCGACAAUUUGGCCCAGCCUUCCCAGCACGGCAACCCUACCGCCGUUUUAUUCUCUGAGUUUGUCUUCUAUGUCGGCCGUGAGGUUCCAUUGGACAUUUUGGAGUUUCUCGUGCUCGCGUGUGGCGGCCGCAUCGUUUCUGAGGCCGCUUUGGAUGAGCUCUUGAUCGAUGAUGCCAACGCUUUGAACGACUUGGAUCUUUCCGCCGUCACCCACCAGAUCUGUGACAGACCAACCAUCGCCAAGAGAGUGCCGGGCAGAACCUACGUCCAGCCACAAUGGAUCUUUGACUCGCUCAACAAGUCCACCUUGUUGAAUGUUUCCCAGUACGCCCCGGGCGAGACCUUACCGCCACACUUGUCGCCAUGGGGUGACGCCGGGAUCUACGACCCAGAGGCACCAGUCGAGGCCAAGGACGAGGAAUCCGAAGAGGAAGCUGAGGAUGUCGAAGAUGUUGAAGAUGUUGAAGAAUCUGAAGACGAAGACGAGGACUUGGUUGCCCAGAAGGAGUUGGAGUUGGAAGCCGCCGGUAUCAAGUACUCCGAGACCCCAGAAGAGGCCAAGAAGGCGUCCAAAAAGAGAGCGCUCUCCGAGGCUGCCAAAGAAGAGAAGGAAACCAAGGAGGAGAAGGACUUGAAGAUGAUCAUGAUGACCAACAAGCAGAGAAAGUUGUACAAGAAGAUGCAAUACGGUAUCGACAAGAAGGAAACCAGAGCCGAGGAGUUGACCGCCAAGAAGAGAAAGCUCCAGAAGGCCAAAGAGGAUUUGAAGAAGCUCUAGGGUAUUUUGUAUUGCUUUUUUAUCCUCUACUUUUGUAUAUUAAUAAUUAAGAUCUCAGACAAA